GUCAUCACCUGUCCCCCCCAAACUCUCCACCUCUCCACCACUCCCCUUUUUCCUUCUCCCAAUCCCCAAAAAGCACCGGACGCGCCUCCGUAGCGACACAACAGUUUCAGGAGAGGCUGCGACAAGGCCUGACUGACGUUGUCCCCUUCCUGACACCCACCGUUUACGAAGCGUGACAACCCCUGGGAAAGGCAGGAUGAAGGCGGCGGUGUGCAUGCUGCUGCUGUCAGGACUGCUGGCGAGCCUGGCGGACGGAUACUCGGUCAAGACUUUGCCGUUCCUUGUCGACGACAGCACGGAGGAAGGAGUCUUGUGGUCUUCCAACGAUGACCCUGACUGGAGGCCCUCAGAUAGCCAAGAAGACUUCAGCGAUGAAGAUGACAACUACAGCCACGAGAAUUUCUACGAUAGCCGGGAGGACCCAUAUAGCCAGGAGGACCUAUAUAGUCGGGAGGAACCAUACAGCCGGGAGGACCCAUAUAGCCAGGAGGAACCAUACAGCCUGGAGGACCCACAUAGCCAGGAGGACAUCUACGACAGCCGGGAAUACCAUCCCUUCCCUGAUGUUACCGUGCCGAAAGCUGAAUAUGUGACUGGUGGUGGCCUGCAGCAACAACUCAGGCCGUACCAGUAUGUCAAGAGAAAAAGAGAUGUACAACAGGUCUACCAGACACAGGGACAGGUGGUGCAGGUGCCGUACCCUUACCAGAACAAGCCGUACAGGCCCCCAAGAGUGAAUGUGGGAGUGGAGCCGCUACUGCCUGUCGAGGGUCCACCGCAGCAUGAAAUAGCGGUGGGGGUAAAGCCAGAGGUAGCCAGAGGAGAUGGAAGUGCUAUUGGCAAUUGGUGGAGGAGGUUCAGCGGGCGAGUAGAGAACACCUUCGAACACAUCGGAGACAAGAUUGAAGACAUUGGCGAAGCAUUGCACGAGACGUUCCACGGGCUGAAGGAGAAGGUGGCCCAUGUAGUGGUGCGGUUCAAGGCAUUGAUGGUCAAGUUUGGCAUCUUGAUUCAGGAAGGUAUCCGGUACUGUAUACGAAGACUUGAACAUUCCUACGACCAGGGAAAGCAGUUGUUAGUGAUCGAGAAGCUGGAGAGGAAACUUCAAGAAGGGCACGCCGAAGUAGUCAAGUUCUUCCAAAUUUUGGGAGAGAAGAUCAACACAUGGCGAGAGCAACACAGGUCGGAGAACAUAGACGUUGGGUUGAUAGACGUGCAUGGACCAGGGGGUCAGAACCAGCAGACGUCGGGACAACACAACCAGGACAUCGAGCAGCAAAUGCCAAACUUUUACCAGGAUACCCAAGUCUUGUCUCAGCUCGACAAGUUGAGGGAGGAGGGCGUGCUGACCCAGAACGAGAUCAUCAUACUGACGGAAGACCAAAUCCAGCAGCAGCCGCAGAGCCAGCAAAACUACGAUCAACAGCGCCAGACUCCGGUCAAACCUGAAGAACCUAAGUUUAUUGAAUUUCCAGAAAGCGAACGCUGAUUUCCAGACACUUGACCAUCUGAGGUUUUUUUGGCCAAUGUUUUUGUCGUCUUUGCUGAUUCCUUCGACAAUCACCAGCUCCUUGAUUUAAUCAUAUACUGCUUAGGGUCAACUUUGGUUAACAUUCAGAGCACUGUUAGAAAUUUGUUUGCAUAGACAAAAAAAAAGUUGUUAGGUUUAUUUUGUUCUUUUUAAUAUACUACAGUAUUUAAGGAGCUGCAGUAAAAAAAAAUGUGUUUAAAAAGCCGUAAAUGAUUAUGAAAACUUUGUCCCUCCGUGGAAUGGUUUAGAAUGUCAGUAGUUUGUUUUAAUCUCUUGUCUCACUGUCACUUCUGCUGUGUCUCAGCUUUUAUGCCUAGUGGAUAAAUAUGACGACCAAUACAUAUCCACCAUUUACUGACUGACUGAUUAACUGACUGACUGACUCAAUAAAUGAAUGAAAGAAUGAGUGUUUGAGUGACAUAGCGACUGACUGACUGAAUGACUGACUGAAUGACCGACCGACCGACCGACCCACGGACUGAGUGAGUGAAUGAGUGAGUGAGUGAGUGUGUGAAUGAGUGACUUUCAUAGGCUCAAAUGUAGACUCAUCUGCUGAUCCACAAUUGGUGUUCAGUUAAAAAAUUUAGACUACCGUAAAUUUUUCUCUGAUGUUUCUGUUUGAAAGCAAAUCAGAAUAAAAACUUUUUGCUUUAUUA